AUGUCGAGGUCCCCGUCGCCCGCGUCGUCUCUCGACUUCAUGCACUCGGAUGGGUCGGAGGAUGAGUAUGCCGAGCUCCGCAGGAGUGUGCAGAAGAGGAAGCCCAAGAAGGCCGCGGCGAGGGCUGUGCCAAAGAUCAACCUCACGGCGCUGCAGCGCGCGGCAGCGGCACACCCCGCUGAAGGGCAGUUUGACAGUGACGCCGAGAGCGAUGAUGCUGGCUUUCUGGAUCGUCUUGGCGGGACAAUCGACCUGUCUAAGCAGGACUUGAAGCCCGACCACGCUGCGCGGCCACUGUGGAUUGAUCAGACGGGCAACAUCAUCCUUGAAGCGUUCUCGCCGCUGGCAGGCGCUGCGCAGGAUUUCCUGGUCGCUAUCGCUGAGCCGGUCUCGCGUCCGGACCUCAUGCACGAGUAUCGCAUUACUAAAUCUUCGCUACAUGCUGCCAUGAGUGUUGGCCUCGAGACCAACGACAUCAUCGAGGUGCUCCGCCGCCUAUCGAAAAUUCCCCUUCCUCAUAAACUAGUUGCACAUGUUCGCGAGUGGACGGCCAGCUACGGCAAGAUCAAGCUCGUCCUGAAGCACAAUCGCUACUGGCUGGAAUCUAGCGUGCCCGAGUACCUCCAGCGACUGUUGAAAGACGACGUGAUCAAGACCUGCCGUGUGCAUCGAGAUGAGGAGCAAAGCGAUAUGACUUUUGGUGUCGAGCAGGGCUCUAAACCGAAGCGCGAUUAUAUGAUCCCCGGCACGACAGAAGCGCGUCGCGCUGCUGGAGAGACGACAGAGAACGGGAACAACGCCAACGGCGACGACGUCAUCGGCGCCGUCAUCGGUAUCAACGAGACGGAUGAGCUUGAUGAAGAGGAUGCCGUGCAGGCCUUCGAGGUCGCGGGCGACCGCAUUGAAGAAGUGCGCCGGCGCUGCAAGGACAUCGAUCUCCCCGCAUUGGAGGAGUACGAUUUCCGCAAUGACUCGGUUAACCCAAAUCUUGACAUGCAACUCAAGCCGAUGACUGUUAUCCGGCCUUAUCAGGAGACGUCACUCUCCAAAAUGUUCGGUAACGGUCGCGCUCGCUCCGGCAUCAUCGUUCUCCCGUGUGGCGCGGGUAAGACGCUGGUCGGUAUCACUGCCGCGUGUACGAUCCGCAAGAGCACUCUCGUGCUUUGCACAUCUGCUGUCUCCGUUGCGCAGUGGAAACAGCAAUUUCUCCAGUUCUCCAACAUCAGUGAGCGCCAGAUCUGCGCCUUCACUCGUGAUGAGAAGGAGAUGUUCCAAGGUCCCGCGGGCGUCGUCGUUUCGACAUACUCUAUGAUCGCCAAAACGGGCAAGCGUGCGCACGACGCCCAAAAGGUCAUGGACUGGCUCAAGACGCUAGAAUGGGGUUUCCUAUUGCUCGACGAGGUGCACGUCGUCCCAGCAGAAAUGUUCCGCAAGUGCGUGAGCAACUUCAAGGUCCACGCCAAACUCGGCCUUACGGCUACGCUCGUGCGAGAGGACGAUAAGAUCGGCGACCUGGGCUACCUAAUUGGACCCAAGCUGUACGAGGCCAACUGGAAGGAUCUUACCCGAAACGGUCAUAUCGCUGCUGUGCAAUGCUCUGAGGUGUGGUGCCCAAUGACACCUGAAUUCUACCGGGAGUAUUUGCGCAAUCCGAGCCGCAAACGCAUCCUGCUCCACGCCAUGAACCCGAACAAGAUGCAGGCGGCACAGUUCCUCAUCAACUUCCACGAGAACCGCGGGGACAAAAUCAUUGUCUUCUCCGACAACGUGUUCGCUCUUGAGCAGUACGCACAGAAGCUCGGCAAGGCAUUCAUUCACGGUGGAACGCCCGAGAACGAGCGUCUACGCAUCCUGAGUCGCUUCCAACACGAUCCAAACCUCAACACCAUCUUCCUCUCCAAGGUCGGCGACACAUCGAUCGACCUGCCUGAGGCGUCGGUGCUGAUCCAGAUCUCGAGCCACUUCGGCUCGCGUCGUCAAGAGGCGCAGCGUCUCGGCCGCAUCCUCCGUGCCAAGCGCCGUAAUGAGGAAGGCUUCAAUGCCUUCUUCUACUCGCUUGUGUCCAAGGACACACAGGAGAUGUACUACAGCACGAAGCGCCAAGGCUUCCUUGUCGACCAGGGCUACGAGUUCCGCGUGAUCACUGAGCUGCACGGCAUUGAGAAGAUGGAAGGCCUCGUGCACCGCACUAAGGCAAGCCAGAUCGAACUGCUCGAGCAGGUGCUCAAUGCGAGCGCAGACGCGUCCGAGACUGCCGAUCACUACGGGCGUCAGCACGGCGGCAAGCACCAGAAGCGGGCUGCGGGUGCGCAGCCCAAGAACCUCGCCUCGGCCAAGGGGACUGCCCCGGCGCAACGCUACACCGCUCCGCUUGAGCAUCUCUCUGGCGGUCAGCACAUGAGCUACCGAGAGCAGAACAAGAGUGUCAAGUGCGUACAACUUCUAGAGGGCUGGAGAGUGCAGAGCUAA